AUGCUGGACAAUCUGGUGACGUCUGGGCCAGAGAUGGGCUCGGGGGAAGUGGGCCGGAUCCAAGGUCUUAUUGGACAGGCGAGUAUGCACGAGAUGGCUCUGGUUAUGCUGGUCAACGUGGUUUUCACGCACGGGGUGUAUAAGGGGAGCACCUUAAGUAUCGUGGGGAGGAACCCACUGAAUGAUGAGGUGAGGGAAGUACCCGUGGUCGGGGGCACGGGGUUUUUUCGAAUGGCGCGAGGGUACGCGCUUACGACUACGUAUUCUGUGAACGAGGCUCACACGCACGGGGUUAUCGUGUAUGAUGUGGAGGUUUGGCAUUUGGAUGGCCAAUUUGCAUUAGUGUCACCUCAAUGA